AUCAGCUGGCUAUAGUGAGUUUCAUGCAAAUUAACAUCGCUAUAUAAGUACUGUACUGUCGUGUAGCAGUUAAAAGCUAUAAAUAUUUUAAUAACAGACAGUCGAUAAUUGUUCGUCUUAUAAAUGAAAACAUUCAGAGAAAAAGUAGUGAAGAAAUAAAAUGAUGAAUGGAACAAACUCAACUGACACGCAUCUUCCAUCUUCAGGAUACUUCAUUGCGUUGAUUAUCUUUGCCUGUCUGUGCAUCAUCGUUGGAAUCAUCGGAAAUAUCGGAGUAAUUGCUUAUAACAUCUCCAUGAAUCACUCGAAAACUCCUACAACAUAUUUCGUGGUAAAUUUAGCAAUUUCUGAUAUCAUUGUUUGUCUUACAUUCUUUCCUCCGUGGUUAGUGGAAUUUAUCUCAAUACUGACAGAUAGAGAAAUUAUGAGCCAUCGAUUGUUUUGUAAAGUUGCAUUUACCAGUUCAUUUACAAGUUUCGCAUUGUCUGUCGCAAAUCUUAUGGCAAUAAAUAUAGAUAGAUGUAUAUUCAUCACUAAACCGCUAAAAUACUUCCAAAUAAUGACUUGGAAAAAAACAUAUGUUUGGUUAGUGGCAAUUUGGGUUUUAACAAUCGUGAAUGCAAAUCUUCUGUUUUUCUACACAGAAGAAAAAACAGGACGAAGACUAUCUUGCCGUAUUGCUGAUCCUACACGAACUAUCCUAUGCUUCUUCAAUAUUUACAUACCAAGUGCAGGGUUGUUGUUGUUAAAUUAUAAAAUCUACAAAGCAGCAAAAAAUCAGAGAAGGAAAAUUCGACAUGAAAGUUGUACAGCAUCUAAUAAUGAUGUAAAAUAUGAGUCUUCAGAUCAAGACGUAGGACUAAAUGCAACAUGGAAGGAAAAACUACGUCAACUUCAAACAAUUAAAACCUACUCAAUCGUCGUUGGUGUAUUCUACUGCUGUGUUUCUCCCGUAGCUAUUCUAGCAUUUAUAAGGCGAGAUAUUUGCAAAAGUUUUUGUAUUCCAAUUAGUAUGUCAGUGGCUGCUGCAAUGCUCAGUGGAGCAAAUUCUGUAAUGAAUCCUUUCGUAUACAGUUCAAGAAACAAAGAAUACAAGAUUGCUUAUCGUCAAUUUUGCGCAAGACUUUUUAAAGGCAACUGAAGUGUGGGACCGUCAGUUUUUCUCCAGAUCCAAGUUUUAUAUAUACAGUAUAUAUAGCUAUAGUAGUGAAUUCAUUCAGAACGAAUAAAAUUUCAAAACAAAUCAUGAUGCAAGAUAUGGAAUUAAUAUUACACAAGUAUAUAUACAUAAUUUAUAAAUUAUAAUCGACACUCUAGACUAGAGAGUGUAGAAUUAGAUGCCUUCAAACUUUAAAAUAUUUUAUGUACUUUGUUAAUUACAUUGCAAGUGAUUUUAUUUUCGAUUUACGCUCAACUAUAAAACCUCUGCGGCCGGUUGUAUAAAAAAGUGAUUAAAGUUAACUAUAGUUAGUGGAAAUGUCAUCCAAUAAGAACACAGGGAGCCCAUCCCGGGUCUUAUUGAAGUUAUGUAUUAGAAUUACGUAUGAAAUAUAUAGCUCAGUGUUGAAGCCUGCGACUUGCGGGCUGUGUGCGGGCUAAGCAUGUGUUGAAUGCUUAAUAAAGGAAAAAAUAAAGGGAUGAAACAUCGACGAGUGCCUGGAAGCAUGUGUUCCAUAGGUUGCUAUGACAUUGAGAA